AAUGAAUUGAUAAUAUGAUAACGCUCACCACGUUUAAAUUUAGCGGGGUUUGCUGGUCUAUGUCGUGAAGUGUUUAGUGGCGGAAAAACUGAGAGCAAAUUGCACGGUCCACGAAUCACAUAACUUUGGUUUAUGUUCUCUAUGGUAGCUGUCAACUUGACGUUUCGUAUAUUUACGCAUUUCGAUCUCAUAAGAGCUACUCGUAUAAAUAAAGCAUUUAUUUUGCAAGUAAACAUUAAGAUAUUUUGUAGUUCAUCAGACGUUUUAGUGUUUUCUUAACUAGUUAUGGGUCAGACCCUCUCGGAGCCGGUGACAGAGAAGCAGUCUACAACAUGCCAGGAUUCCCGCUUCCUCAUUGGCUCGUCAUGCAUGCAGGGCUGGCGCGUGUCUAUGGAUGACUCGCAUACGCACAUACUAUCGCUGCCGGACGACCCAGGGGCGGCGUUCUUCGCGGUAUACGAUGGACACGGAGGAGCGAACAUAGCGGAGUACGCCGGUAAACAUCUUCACAAGUUCAUCACGGCGCGCCCGGAGUACCAUCUGGGGAACAUUGAAGAGGCUAUGAAACAGGGUUUCCUUGACAUGGACCAAGCUAUGUUAGAAGAAGACAUGCUUCAAGAGAAAGUAGCCGGCAGCACCGCUGUGGUGGUGUUGAUCAAGGACAACACCCUGUACUGCGCCAACGUGGGCGACUCUAGGGCUAUAGCGAGCGUCGGUGGCGCGGUGGAAAUGCUCUCUUACGACCACAAGCCGAACAACGAAGAGGAGCUUCGUCGUAUAACCGCGGGCGGGGGUUGGGUCCAGCUCAACCGAGUUAACGGCAACCUGGCUCUGUCCCGCGCGCUGGGCGACUACGUGUUCAAGCGGAACUAUAGACUGUCUCCGAGGGAUCAGAUCGUCACUGCGUAUCCGGAUGUACAAGUUAGGCAACUGAACGACGACUGGGAGUUCAUCGUGAUCGCUUGCGACGGCAUUUGGGAGGUGUUGUCCAAUGAGGAAGUGGUAUCAUUCUGCCGCGUCCGUCUACUGAGCGGCUGGGAGCCAGCCGCCGUGUGCGAGGCGCUCAUGCAGCGCUGCCUCGCGCCCAACUGCGCCACGGGCGGCCUCGGCUGCGACAACAUGACCGUGCUGCUCGUCUGCAUCAAGCCGUUCCCCAGCGCGCACCCACACAUACCGGAGUCCCUACCAGCACCUGAGCAGCUAAGUAGUAAGUUUAUGACUAAAAUGGAAGAUUUACUUUACGUCGAAGACGACGAAGAAGAUUUAAAAUGAAGAGUCAACAGUCUUAGUGUAAAUGUGUACAUAAAUAGUGUAGUUGAAGCUUUACAUACGUUUGGUAGGUUUUUGAACACCGAAACACAAAAUUUAGGUAUUUUGUUAAAUUUAACCGGAACAGUAGUAAAAUCCGGUUUUACGUAGCUGUAUUGUUUGUCAAUAUAGUAAAGAAGUCUAAGUAAUGAUUUCAUCUUGGAAAACAUUCUAGGACUUAUGUAGUCAGAAUGUGUACGUCUGUACAAAAAAAAUAAAUAAAUAAAAAGUUACAAAGUAGAACUCUUGCAUUUAGAGUUAACGUCUUCAGAGAAAAGUUGAAAGUUUGUACACAGCACGAGAAACAUUUUUAAGGUUUAAAGUAUGGAAGGUAGAGGCAUGGAAUACAAUCUCCAUAGGCAGAACUGUUGCAAAAGCGUCCAGCUGUAAGCUAUAAAUAAUAGUUCCAAAUCCCUCCAGAGUAGCGCUAGAGUAGUUAAGAACCUAGGCGUGACUGACGGAGUGAAGUGCGCUGUCUAUGACUAUAUUUUUUUCUCAAGUAUUCUAAGUAUUGUAGAGCCACCUAUUUAUGGUUUUUUAUCGGACACUUUUUGGUAUAUGCAGAUUUUAUUCCUUAACUCUACUUUCCAAAGGUUUAAGUGAUAUGCGGGCGAUUUUAUACGCAAAUAUGAAUUAUCUCUACAGUUUUGCACUUAUAAUUUUAUGGUUCAUUUACAUGCAUAAAAUGUGCACUUAUGCCUGAGAUACUCUGCUUUUCAAUCCGAUUGCGAGGAAAAUAUACAGAAUUAUCAAAUAUUUAAGGUGCAGUAGGUUCAGAAAACGGAGUUUUAAAAAGUCGUAGCCCUUUUUUGGAUUACAACACGGCUGCCAUAAAUUUAAUUAAGGGUCUUAAUCGAUUCGUAUCCUGAGUUUUGACUUUCGUUCCUAUCAAAAAAAAUACGAACAUAUUUAUUCUACCAAAUUAUACGAAAGAGAAUUAGAAAUAGAAGUGUAUUGUCCAAGAAAACUUUGUAGCCACGUAAAUUUACUGCCAUCUUUCGUCACAUUAUUAAAAAUUUUAGAACGCCAUUUGUCUUUGAUCCUUAUUCUUUCACUGAUAUGUGUUAAAUUUGUUAAAUAUCAAAAAUGGCGCCAUCUUACCGGGCAUAACCUAAGGGGUAUGGCGCCAUCGCUCGAAACGAUGCAGCCAUAACUUUGUCUUUGACCUUAGAUCUCUUAGAUGGCGCCACUGUUUGAUAUUUAACAAAUUUAAGAUUUAUCAGUAAAAUAAUAAGGAUCAAAGUCAAAUGGCGUUCUAAAAGUUUUAAUCAUGUCUCGAAAGAUGGCAGUAAUUUUACUGUGGCUACAAAGUUUUCUUUGACAAUCCACAUCUAUUUCAAAUUCUCUUGCUUGGGCAAGUGUGCCAGUAGCAAUACAUUCUUCUGUCUGCUACCGUCUUCUUCUUCUUUGCCGUUAUGCUCUAUGUAGUGUCGUGGGCAACUGCUUACAUCAGGCACAGAUGUUGCUUGCCGUACGAUUUCUCGCCAUUUUCCGCAGUUGGAGGUCAUUCUGGCAAAUGCGUUCAGGGGUGCUUCCAUGGCAGGUUCGAUCUGGUCAGUCCAUCGUAUAGGUGGUUUUUUACGCGGUCUUGUUGCGGUCUACCCUGCACCACUAGACGCUCUAUGGAGUCAUUGUUUCGCCUCGAGACGAGACCGAAAAUACUGAGUAUGCGGGUCUUUACGAAAGUCGAAAGGCGCUGCCUGAUACGGAGCUCUUUAAUGAUGAAAACAUUGGAGACAUAAGUCCGAAAGUCGGUCCAGGAUAUCCCCAGCAUUGUCCUCCAGCACCACAGCUCUAGGGCGUCCAUCUUCUCUUCAGACUUUCGGAUAGUCCACGUCUCCACAGCAUGUAAGAAUAUGGGAAAACGAGGCCCCGCAUAAGCCGAACCUUGUGGUGUUUGUGACGUUUCGGUUCUUCCGAAUUCUUUUCAAAUUAUCCAUUGCGGUUCACUUCAUCUUUACAGUCGCCUGUAUUUGAUAUUAAAGCUCCAAGAUAGAUGUAGAAUUGUACCACGUCUCAGUUCGCCGGGCGAGUUCUUGUCGCCAUGUUUAGUUAUGAUCUUUGUAUUUUUGCGAUUAAUCUAAAUUAUGCUUAGGCUUAUGCAUUCCAUCCUGUGAAGUAAGUAAUAUCGUCUGUUACAGUAGUUAUGUAAAUAUUUAACAAGUUGUGUUUAGUAGUGUUGUUACGCGAUUUGAUUAAAGUGAAUUGUAAUGCAUAUUCGUGUAAGUAUAUAUGUGUAGAAAUAUGUCAAUUAAUCUAUAAUAAUAUAUUACCGUUCCCUUGACUCUCAAUAUCAAGCAAUUUCACAACAAACGCAUUUGUAUAUAGGUCCUACAAUAUAAUACUUACAUCUGGAAUUGCACUCACUUGUAAUAGCAAUACUGUAUGUUAAAAUUUCACACAUUAUCGUCUUUGCCAGAAGUUACCUUUGAUUGUUUCAUAUAAAAAAAAACAAAUCAGUUGAAGUUGUAACGUCAGCAUGAAAAUUAGCGUAUCAGACUGUGCGUCAAAAGUGUAGAUACUUCUCUAAUACGAGUAGUUUAGUAAAAAGAGAUGUCUCAACAUAUAGAUCAAUUAAACUGUUUCAGAUAUAUACUUUUGAAAGCGAUUUGUCGAGAUAUAUCUCAGAAACAUUGACUUAUUACUUCGUAAAGACGGACCUUACGGACACUAAGAAUGGUGCCAGUUCAGCGGUGUUAUUUUGGUUAUCACUCACGAAUUCGAGCCAAUCGUGCAGUGUAACGCAAUUAGUUGCGACCAAUCGCGCGCGUAAUACUAACUCAUCAACCAAUCGCAUUGUAACAUUCCAUCCAGGCACACCAAACGAGAAUGUUAGGUCGGGAUUAUAUGAACGGGCCUAUUUUUACUUUUGAAAUCAUUGCUCAGAAAAGUAUUCAAGGCAGAUACUUUUGAUUCGUUGUUUCAUACGCUAUUAUUGAUGUUGGCAGUACAGCGACUGUUGUCCGCGACUUAGUGUAAGGCCUGAGUGGACGCUCGAAGCGGAGCGUUCGGCGUGGCGUGCAGCGCGGCGUCGGGCUCGCAAGUAAUUUGAGCAGCGUGCACUAAGGCCGCUCCUAUACGUUUGCAUUUGUUCAACAUGCACGCCGCACGCCCCGCCCCGCUGCACGCCCAACUCGAGCGUCCACUCAGGCCUUACACUGAGUCAUCACUUGUAGACAGAAUAAGUGCCCGCACUUUUCCCUUAACUUACUGGGCAAAGUGAGCACGAAGCACGCGGAAUGGCCUCCUAUAAAAAUGUCAUCUGCUGGAUUAACCUUUCAUAUGUGUGAUCAAAAUUUAUUAUCUUUGUUACUAUUAUUAUUGUUGUUUUGUUAUAUUCGUGUAGAUUUUAUUAAUAAUUUUAUAAAAUAGAUAUGAUUUGAUUUGAUUUUUUUAGGGUUUAUAAGUUUUUUUCGGUCCAAUACUGUCAAUAAGGUCCAAAAUAUUUGCCAAAAUAGACCAUACACUAAAGUCACCAACUAAAAGGAAUUGUAAAAUCGACCAAUAAUAAAACCAGCGGAUAUAAAACACAAAAUGGCACGUGACAUCCACUAAGAUUAAAUGGAAGAAACUAAUUAAUAAAUUAAAAUCAAGUAAUCAAAGUGGAUUAUGUAUAAGAAAUUACGUAUAUCCAAAGAGUUAUUAUGAAUUACUUUUUGGUAUAGAAAUAACCGUUUUUUAUUUAAAUUAUUCAUGGAACUAUAUACUAGAAAUUAUCAGGCCAAAUAAAAAAAGAAGGACCCAUAUAGACUUUAAGAGUCCGCAGCAAGUUCGGUCGAAUUUGGACUUUCGUUCUCAUUUUGUUGUAAUGAAACUACACAUACAUUGACAUGAGGUAUAUUUAUGCUUGUAAUUAGUUUUAUAGCUCCAGCUUAUAAAACAAACGGAAUAGAGCACAAACAAGUUUAGUAUGAAAAUUAAUUCGAUGUUUUUUAAACUAUGGUAUGUGAAGCUACAUAAACCAAUCACAGCCAUAGACAGGUAUACCUUCUCUUAUUGUAUGUAAAAAGUUAUAGAGCAGUCUAGCUAGUCGUUUUGAAAUGAGAGCGUAACGACGUUUCUGUGGAGAGCUUGCUGCGGACUCAAGACAGAUGGUUACAAGGUUUGGUCAGCCAAAGUUAUUAAAAAUUAUAGUGUUUAAAAAAACUUAUAAUCAUAUUACGUAGUUUUACCCAGCUCCUUAUGGAAUCAAUAACUUAAAACAUCGAUGACAUGAUUUUUAACUUGAGAGUAGUUUUGUCACUUUCUCAGUAAAGGAAUUGAAUAUAUAUUUACAAUUUUAGCAAAGCGUUUGAGUAGCAUUUAACUAAUUGUAAUAGCAUUUUUGAAAUAUACCAUUUGGUGAGGAAUAAACAUAGACUUCAUUUGCACGUGACUGAAUUGUUUCAUACAUUUAUACAUACGAACAUAGUUUAUUGUGCUCGAGGCAAGACAAACAGUAUGAGGAUUCGAUUUAAGUGUUUGUCUUGGCCCGGAGAUAAUCUUACCCCAACUUACCUUAUUAGUAACAUCAGAGAUUAGAGAAUGCCCUAUACACCGUGUUUUUUUUUUAUUUCCGUUUAUUUAAAGGGUAUGCACCCUGAGCUUAAAUUAAGUAACUUUCUCAAAGACACCGGUAUUCUAAUUAACUAUAUUUCGGAGAUAAUCAAUAAUUGCGGUACACCUGUCUUAGGUCCUGUUUACAUAUUUUUUAGUGUUUAGUAUGAGUUAAUGCAUUUGCUACUAAACGUAAGUAGGUACUUAUCUCGGAUAAUCAAUGUUCGAAAUGACAUUGAUUUGUCACAGAUUUCAAUUGUUUGGUUGAGUUAAAUGUAAUGCCCGUGUUACAACAACGCUAUAUGCAACAUUUAAUUACUUUUUAUAAAAAAGAAAUUAAUUAAAAAACAACAUUUUUUUUUUAAUUAACUAUGUCAUUUAGUUUCCUUAAACAUGUUUACCGAUACCUGGAAGUUAACGGAAUUCAAUAAAAAAAACACGGUGUAUACAAAAUUAUGAAUCAUGGAAUUGGAAAUGUAUCGAACAUUGUGCGAAAAAUUGGAUCACGACAAAUAAUAGUAACAUAUACUUAGGCAUGUAAGUUUUGAAUUUUACUCAUUCGUUUGUUUUUUAGUAUAGCAAGGUCCAAUUGUUGAUUGCAAAGUUAUUUAGUCAUAUUUUUAAGUGCACUAGUCAUAUAAGUACCUAUAUAAAGAGUAGCCUGGUGUGUACAGUUCUUUACAUUAAGAUAUAGAGUCCAUAUAGUUCGUGUCAUCCACGAUGACGCGCAGAUUUGUCAAAUCUAUCCUUUAAUAACAUGGCAAUAAGAGUCAAGGCACGCGUCUUCGUGAAUGACACAAUCUAUAUAAGCCAACCUUGCGUCGACUUGAACAGGACAAAGUGAGUGAGUGUCAUUACAAACUAAUAUUUUCAUAGUCAUUUGUAAUUAAUGAUGACACCGUCUCACUUUGUCAUUGCAAAUACCCUGCAGAGUUAGCCUGGUCCGACACUACGUUUCAAAUAUUGUAAUAGGCAUCUUUUUUGGCGCCAUGUUUGAUCAAAAUGAUUCGUCUUCAGUAGAUUUGAUUAUAUGAAAAUUUUAAAUUUGAAGUUUGUUUAUAUUAAGUAAUUUUGAGGGUGUUUCCAGAUAUUGUAGAACUCCCCACUUCGAAAAUCUAGUCGUAAUAUUUGUAAAGAUGCCACGAAUAGUAGUUACAGCCGAAUACCGAAUAGUCGGCCACACUCUCAGCCGAAGCGCCGAAUACUCGGCGGACGAAUCGGUAAAACACGUGUACAUUUUGAAACAUAUUUAUUAUGAAAACUAGUCGGUAACCGCAUACAAAGGACAAUGUUUGCUAAGAUUUAAGUUUUGGUGCUCAUACGCAUACCCCGGACAGACAGCAUUAUUAUUAACUCAUUAUUAUUUAUUUAAUUUGCAGCCAUAUUUCUGCUAGAUUUUCAACUUUCAUUUGCCUAUGCACUAUUAUCAAACCUAAGUCGCCCCCGUCUGUCCGGGGUAUGCUCAUGAGUCAAGCAAAUCUAGCCCAUGACAAAAAUAAAAUCAUUUGCCAGCAAGUGCUUGAAUAUCCUCUUAAUUUAUAACAAAAUUUUAAUUUAUAACUUUGAAGCACUUCUCGAAAACACAUUUUAAUUAUUAUUUAAAUAUAAUUGUUUUCGUGACACUUUAAUUGUGCAUUAUCUUCAUAAAUUGAUGUAAUAGAGGUAUUCGGUAUUCGGCCGAAUAGAACGCAAUAUUCGGCCAAAUACCGAAUAGUCGGCAAAGUGGCCGAUUAGUCCGAAUACCGAAUAGUUGACGAAUAUUCGUGGCAUCUCUAGUAAUUUGUUGCAAAUUUUGAAAUGCGCCUUCAUGAUAUGGAAUACAAGUUUUACAUUUUUAACAAA